AUGCAUCGUCUUUUGUCACUGUCUUGUGGUUCUUUACAACCCAGUCAUCUUAAUGCGCUUCAGGAGAAUGGAGUCAAAACUGGUGAGUUUGUUUUGUUUUAGCUCUAGCCUUGUCCCUAAGCUUGGCUUCCCUGAAGAGGAUAUGUAAUUGUACAUUGCUCUGUCCCUGCAUAGGGCAUUUUGGGGUCGCUUCGCUGUUUCAGUUAGGACACUUUUCGUUAGUGUGAGCACCGGUACCCCAAGAUCACGAGUGAGAAUCGUUAGGUAACAGAAAUAUUAUAAGGGUUCGUUAUUUAGGGGUCAAAAAUGGCAAUAAAAAUGCAUCAAAAUUUCUUACCUUGUUUCCUUGUUUACAUUUAUGGUGUUUUCUUAGCAUUUUUGGCCGUUUCUGAGCGAUUCCAGUGAGUUUUGUUCUGCUGUUGUUUAAUUCCCCAAGGUAUACUGUGGGUUACCUGCAGCGAAGGUCUCGCAUAUCAGCUGGAUGAAAUCAGCCGUAAAUUCACUCUAAAUGGUUCAAUUGCUACCAGAUUUAACCAAGGCAUGUUACAAUGCUCCUCUAACUACUGCUUUUCUUCAUUGGCAAAAGUGACUGCAGUCAGCACAAAUAUCAGCUCAUUAAAGCAACGAAUCUCUCUUAUCAAGGACCAUCAAUGAUGCUUUGCCAUGAAGCUCCAUGCACGAUUAUGAAAAAAGUGACCCUAGUGACCCCAGCCUUAUGGUUCAAGUUACAUGCACACCAGGUGGGCAAGGGGACAAUGCUGUUAUUGUUUUGGAGAAAAUUGUCCCCUCUCCCACCACCUUAAAUCCCUAUGCAAAUCAUAUCUCGGUUGACAUUACCCACAGUAAAGAAGAUCCCAAAUCCUUAUAAUAUUUUUUUUUUUACCCAACGAUUCUCAGUUUCUCACUCAUGAGCUUGGGGUACCUGUGGUGCAAACCAGCAAGCCAUGCAAAGAAAUUAGCAGGGAAAAUCAAAAAAAGCAGUUUUACGGAAGAAACAACCAAAAGCUAAUUGUUGUAAAUGAGUGUUGAUGUCACAGUUCCUUAAGUCUUAUAAAAAACAAGACAACAAAACAUGGCAUAAAAACUUUAACCCUAAGUGUUUUGAGAGUUUAACUGAAAACAGUGCUUAAUCUAAAUCUGUAAAAUGAGUGCUUAACACACGUCAAUUAAAUGACGGCUUAACCCUAAUCAGUAUAAGUUGAUCAAGACUGCAUAAUUCUGCAAAUAUUCCAGCAGGAAAACCGCACAUACCCAUAGGGAACUUAAAAGCAGGAAACAUUAUUCAUGUAUGUACAGUGUCACAAAACUAUAUUUUUUCCUGUGGCUCACAUGACUCACAGAUUGCCCGGACCCAUUUCCCUCUUUAGAGUCUAGAUUUUGUCUUCCCAUUUCUAGAGCUGUUCAUUCUGUGUCAUUUUUCAGUUGUUGGUGUAUUUGUCUGACUCCAUUACCCUCCCAUGGUUGGUUCUUUUGCCCUUUUAAUAUGCUAGCUUUCUCUAGUUUUGGAGGAGUAUACACGUAGAGACUGUAGGAUUUAUGGAUUUUACUUUCAAAUUAGGUACUGGAAGACCUACUGCAUUAGAGCUGAGUCUCCCUGUAGUAUUCUCAGUAUUGUUUGCAGAUGGUCCCAGUGAGAUUAAUAUAAAUAGCGAAUUUUCUAUUAGAUGUCUAGGGCGUGUACUUAAUUUUAGGGGUCCAGGAGGGGGCAUUUAAUAGAUACAAACCUGUAGGAGGUGUUUAUCCUUAUAUCUUAUCAAGAGGGUAAAAUAAGCAGAAUAUCCAGUCCAUCAAUAGGCUGUCUAGGUUUUUUGGUGGCUCUUUUAAAUCUCAACAUCGGGACACGUCAGAAUCCUUGCUUUAAGUGUCAUUUUUUUGCCAUUGUUUGUCUGUCCUUACUUUGAACAUGACAUUAAACAAGAUACAGUAAGCAAAUCCAAGCAAGAAACUGAAUUUGAUUGAAUGUUUUUGCUCCUUUUUGCCAAUUGGAGUAAUAAUAGACAAUGUUUAUUAGACAGGGAGUGUUUAUUGGAGAGAGGGAUUUAAUACAAACUUAAUUAAUAUUGUAGAGGGGGCAUUCUUUUUUAUAAGAGGCAUUUGUUUGAGAGUGGGCAUCUAUUAGAUCAUAUACAGGUAGUAUACUAUGUCAUACAAAAAUAUUCUUCAACUUACUUUAACAUGCACCUAACCUUUCAGUUGCUGAUUUCAUAUCCUGUAAUGCUGAGAGAUUAGCUCAGAAGAUUUCACUUCCUGAAAUGGUAUGGUAGUAGUACAAAGCUCUCUAUUUAACUUGCUUUGAUAUUAAAUGAUGCAGUUGCACACACCAUGUAAGAAAACUACACUGUAAGCACCCCCUCCCCAUGUAAGACAUUUUGGUGUUAGGUUUAUUUAAUAAAACAGAUGCUGUGACCGUCUUAUAUUUAACCCAUUCACCCCUGAGCUGCCUGUAACCGCCCGUGCAAAUCCAUGUCCUCUCUACCACUUGUGAUGGCAUCAUCAGUUCUAAUGGUCAAGAACAACUUUGUCCAUGCGCUAACUUGUGCAGAGUGAAGAGAUUUCUCAAACCAUACCAGGAUGAGCACAAGUCAGUCAAGGACACUAGAGAAAAGGCAGAAACCCAUGUAACAUUGACCCGAAAUUUCCAUGAAAAUCUUGUUCCACCACCCACCUACCUUUCCUUCAUCAAAUCAUAAUAUCCUAAAAGCUUUCCCACCAAAAUGAAGCCUACUAAAUGCCCAGCAAAAGAAAAAACAAAUGAGGCAAGAAAAGCAAAAAAAGAGGGGCAGAGAGAAAGUGAAAAGUAAAAGUCGAGACUGCUGUGUGACUUUUAAACCCAAAAACUAUCUAGAAAUUUUGCUUUCUGUGCAUGCCCAAACUUUGCAAGCUAAUAUAUUGCAUCUGGAUCAGAAGGCCUCAACUUUUGUAUUUGUACUCAUAAUAGAAAGCAAAUUUUUAGUUUUUUGAUUUUUUUCUUGUUUGUGAUUCCUUCUUAGGUACUAUGUUCCCUUCAACAAACCGUCAUUGUUCAGAUGGCUGCAUUUACUCUUAGUGGAAGAGAUUUUUAUGAUGAUAUGAUGUCUAGAUUCGGUAUCAUCUCAUCAGGUAACAACAGUGUUCAGGGCUUUCACCAAGAUUUCAAUUUGCUGGGGCCUGGGGCCGUACUGUAUAUGCAAUAAGAAGGCAGGGUAUUUAACCCUUUAAACCCUCAAAUUUCUCCUUGUAAGAGCAAUGCUUUGAUUUAAAACAAAAGAAUUAUCUAUCUUCACUACAUUUCCAACCAGAUCACCCUCUUAGCUGACAAACCAUUUGGCCUCCUGAAAAUUUACAUAAAUUGUUGAUUUUCACCUUUUCUUUAAGUAUACUGUAUGUUCAAGGUUUUCUUCGCUUAGGCUGGUAAGAGUCCUCCCCUGCCCAUGAAAUUUCUAAUAGCCCUCAGUAGGGUAGGUAUGGCUGUUUUCUAGAACCACACAUUUCAAAUGUUAAUCAUGGUUUUACUUUUCUUUUUACAGGCUGUGAUAGGUAAGUACUGCUCAGUUUUUAAUGUCUCAUCUUUGUGCUGAUGUCAAUGCUUUGUCAGUUAUAGAUAAAAUAAUAACUGAAGUAAUAAAAUUUCAUGGUAUGUAUUAUGAUUUUUUUUUUGACACUAGUUAAUGCUUUCUUAAAAAAAGGUCACAAGGGGGUUUUUAAUUGGGGUGGGUGCAAGGUUGUAUGGUGUUAUAAUCGGGGUAAAGCUUAUACAUCAAUUCCUGAAAAAAUCAAAUUAAUUUUAGUGCACUACAGCCAAUAUUACACAUGUAGACAUAACAAAAAAUGUAAGGCUACAGUGUAGGUGAAUUUAGUUGGUUAUCUUUUCUUUAGUUUAGAUGAACUCCUUGAUGGAGGGUUGUACUCUGGAGAAUUGACUGAAAUUGUUGGAGCAGCAGGUGCAGGCAAAUCUCAGGUGAAUCUCAAGACAAUGUAACCUCAUUCCUACGGUUGUGACCAUUCAAAAAUAAUGAUAUAAUCAACAUAAUUGAAUUGUGAAUAAUAAAUUGUUUAGUUUGGAUUUUUUCUGGGACUUUAGAAACUAAUAAUUUUCUAUUGUUGAUUUCUUCAGAUCUGUAUGAAUAUUGCCUUGUCAACUGCAAUGAAAACAAAAAAGAAUGUUCUGUAUGUUGACACAGGUGGUUCAAUGAGUGGAACCAGGAUCAGAGAAAUGUUACAAGGGUGGAACAGUUCUCUAGAGGAUCAGGUAUGUAAGUAUGGAAUACUCUAAGGAAUUUGGUCAGAAGCCAUCAAGAAAAUAAGAAAAAAAAAAGAAAAAGAAAAAAAAAGAAAAUAAAAAUACAUUUUAAUUUUUUUUUCUUCAUGGUGUUAUUCUCAAGGGUUUGCAUUCAUCAUUUAAUCAGCAGCCAUUCUGGUUGUGGUAAUGCCUUCCUCCAGAAAAUAUCCAAUUUUCCCACAUGAAGGGUUUUUUGGGUUAGCACACCCACACCUCACAAAUUCCAGUUUUGCUUCAUUCUUUAUUUAAACCCGGGUGAGGGAGGGUUGGGGAUAAACUAGUUGCCCCAUACAGUUACAAUGUAGCUGUUUUCUGUUGAUCAAUGUGUUUUGCUUCUUUUUCAGGAAGUGUGUGAUAUAUUGUCCAGAAUAUCAGUUAUUCAAGCCUUUGACAUAUUCUCAGUAGUGGAUGUUCUUGAAGGUGUAAGACAGAAGCUACAUGUAAAUGUAAGAAUUCAAAAUACUAUAAUAUUGUCUAAUAAAUUGGAAAAAAAUGUACAUUACUUGAGUGUCAAUGAGGCCCUCCAGGGGCGACAUGAAGUAUGUGUGUCCCUAAUCUGAUUAAUUUUUCAAAACCUAUUUUUCAUUGUAUUGAGGAGGAGGAAGCUAUGUCUCUGUCAGUAUUUUUCUAUUGUAAUUGUGCUUUUUGUUUUAGCUGUCACCCAUCUUUGUGUUAUUUGUCACCAUUUCUGCCGUCCUACAUGUAUGUUGCUGUCUCAAGGCCAUGUUGCUUUUUGGAAUUAUACCCUAAUAGAGCCUGAUCGUUAAUGUGUUUAGCAUGAAAGUAGUAAUUGAGAACACUAUUUUUACAAUGGCCUACUGGAGACAGGAUUGCCAUUUUAUGUGGUCAUCCAAGCCACUCAAAGGUUCAGGCUUUGGCAGGGCAAAGACAAUACCUUAAUUUCUCAGUUAUUUUAAGACCCUGCUCAGCCCUAGAAAUCAAACCCACAACCUCCUGCCCUAGAUCUGCAGUCAAGUGCUCUACUGACUGAGAUAUAAUCCUGUAUUUAAUCCUGUACAUGUAUGUAUUUACUGAUGGUAAGCAAUAGAUAUUAGAGAAAGCAAGGUAUAACUACAUUAUUGCAUGUAGUAUAGGCUAUCUGGGUUAGUUUAAGAGAAUAAUUGUUACUUACACUGUGAAUAAAAGCCUUUUGUAAUAUGUUGCCACUGAAAUUGUAUUUAAUCAAUGAAAUUGGUACAAAUUUUGUGGUUUUAACAAACUUACACCCCUGGAAGUCAUAAUUCUUGCGAGUUUUUAUAACAGUCAUUAUUAAUUUAAUGUUAUGCUUUUUUAGACUGAGGAAAAUGAUGAUGAAAUGCAGCAGCUAAGGAUGAUAAUAGUGGACUCAGUUGCAGCUGUGGUGUCCCCCAUUCUGGGUGGCCAACAAAUUCAUGGUAAUAACAAUGUAUAAAAGAAAUAAAUCUUUUUUGGCUGUAACUUUAUGUAGGUAGCCCUUUCUGCCCCAGUUAUUCAGUCUUGACUACUAACAAACAAUUUUACAGUUAGAAAGCACUAGUAACAACUUCCAAAUUUUAAAAAACUUAUCAGGCUAAAAUUUACCAGUUAGUCAGCUCUCAUAUACAAAAACCUAAUUAGUAUUUAGCCUAAAAUUUGAAACGGGUAGAUUACUUAUUUUUUAAAAAAAAAUUAAGUAUAGUGGUAAUGUUAUUUUCUGAAGGAGGACUUCAAUAUUCAUGUGUUCUUAUCAUAGUCAUUUUUACGUAAAACACACUAUUAUGCUACCACUGUCCCUGCCACUCUUGCUACUGCCACUGCAACCAAUUUCACUACCACACCACCACCACUACAGUGUGUGUACAUUUACAAGUAUUUUUUAUACCUGUCCCCAGACUCUAUCUAUAGUUGUCAUUCUGUCUUAUUAUCUCAGGUCAUUCCUUGAUGGUGAACCUCUCUAGAAUCUUAAAGUCCCUGGCUGUCGAGCAUUCAGUUGCAGUUGUGGUAAGUAUGACAGUUGGUUAGAUCAGUUUUGUGUUAAAAAUGAAAAAAAACUUCAUAUGUAUCUCCAUACGUUAAAUUAUUAUUUUUAAGAUUUGUCAGGCUUGAAGGUGAGUCCAAUUAUUCAGUGACCCGCAAACACAUUUUCCUCGAGUGUUGCAAUUUGUGUCAUCAAGAGAGGAUUCCUGUAAUGAAAUAUUUUAUCAUACACUCUCCUUGGGGCUUUUCAGGGAUAAGCGCGAGAGUACAGUGCGAAAGGCUGACAAACCGGCGCGCUUUCAACACAGCUGUACUAAUGGGGCAGCAAUGGAUAUGACAAGAAAGGAUAAAACCAAGAGAGGAUAAAACCUAUCUUUGUUUGUUUCCACGCAUGAAUUAUCCUUAGGGAAGAGAAAUCAUUAUUCAUCUGACCAGAAAAUCCCAGAGUCCAAGCAACUUUUAGUUCCGAGUUCGUUUUUAUUAAUACGUCACUUUGUACGUUUCGUUUUUGGUCAUGUACCGUCAGCUAACCUACAGUACAUUUAUCAAAUUAAUACUCGUAUUUUUUUUGUGGUAUCUUGUGUUGACACUCCAAUUUCACAGUGACAGCAAAGUUGCGUGAAAAAAUGCCCAAUACUUUCUUUUUUGCAAUGAUCUGAAAUUUCAGGAUUCCUUUAUAAAGCAGUGCUAUCUUUUUGACAAAUGCACUGCAGUACCCCCUCCCCGACCCUAUACAAUUUUCAAACUCUACAUGUAGAUAGAUAGACAGACAGACAGACAGACAGACAGACAGACAGACAGGUACAUGCAUAUUAUGGAUACACGCGUUCAACGUUGUAAGGGGGAUGGGGGGAGGGGUUGGGCAGACUGAUGGAAAUCUGUCCCGAGACUUGUGGCCAUGAUUAUAUAAGUGAAACAGAAUUACAAUAUUUAUAUAGACUAGGUGAUUAGAUUGACUGAUUCACUGUCUACAAAUUCUGUUUUCACAAAGAUCGACUGGGAAUCUGGAUGAAGACGCUAAUCAAAAUCUGUCUUUUGUGCCAUUUUUAUUUAGAUCACUAACAAUGUCGUGACUGACUCCUCCAAGUCUUCAUUUUCUACGAAACCUGCUCUGGGACCAACCUGGGCUCAUGUACCAAAUACACGAUUGUUUAUACAAAGAAGUCCAAUAUCCCAGGUGGACGGUACAGAAAGGAUUGCUACGGUAAUCAAGUCUUCAAGACAGGUACUACCCUUCAUUCUUUUUACUCUAUAUAAAUUGGAUCAGGUUAAAAAAACGUACGAUAAAGGGAAUCUAGGGGACGAAUUGUACCGGUUCGAAAAUCAUACACUCUGUACAUACAAUAAUGAUAAUGAUAAUGAUGAUAAAUAGUUUAUUAUCCUCUACCAUUAUCAUCAAGGACAUAGUUAACUAUGUCAAGGAAAAUUAAACAAAUUUAUUUAAAUGGAACAUAGCAAGGUUGAGAAUGCUGAAUCGCAACUGGUCAGGUAGAAAACGAACCAGGUGGUUAUUUUACAAGAAUGGCCGUGGAUUUGAAGUCAGGACAUACCAAGAACAAAUCCAGCUAGCGGUCAGGGUAGGACUUCCAUUACUCUGGGCCGCCGGAUUACUGAAAGUCCAGCGCUCUGACUUCUCGGCGACCCUGCCUAAUAAUAAACGGCAUCACAGGGAAAGUGUUGCCAUGAGUUUUAAUGUUAAUCUGGAUUUCGUGCAAAGUCCCCAGUUAGAGGCAGUCAGUUCUUCUUGUUCGAGGUUAAAUUAGUUUUAGGAAGUGAGAAAAUUUUUCCCUACUGCGAGGUUUUCGGUUGAAAGAAUUACGUCAAUGUAAUCUUCUGCCUUUGGUUUGUUGCAGAAAUUACUUGUCUCCUGUACCUUUUACAUACACAAUAGUGGGCUUCACAGUCAAAGGCCAGUUAGUCAGAACUGA